CAUCAUGCCUCUGGAUGGAGAUGGGGAUGGAGAUAAGAGGAAGAUCUUCAUUUCGACCACUGCAGCAAACUACUUCGGGCUGUCGUCGUUCGCGAGCCUCUCCCCGCUCUCGGCGAGCCCCGAACUGACGAACUUCUUGGAUGAUGGCAACGAGUUUCUUCUGUGUGUGCAGCACUCGGAAGACGAGAUCAUGGUCUCCAAUAAGGUUGAAGCUGGCAAUUCAGAGGAUAAAAUGUUGGUAUUCUUCAAGCUGCGACCGGAUGUUAUCACAGAAGAUAACCUUCACAGCAAUAUUCUUGUAUCAUCUAUGUUAGAUUCUCCUGUCAAUAUGCUUUAUCAAGCAGUGCGACAGGUAUUCGCACCGGUGUUGUUGAAAGAUGAGAAAUGGAGUAGAGAUUUUGAUCCCAAACUGCAGAAUCUUUUGCGGGAGUUAGAGGCUGGUUUAGGUUCUGUUCUGAGGAGAACAGAUACCUCUUACACAGGAACUAAAUAUAGGGAAGAUGAUGUUCAAGCAAUACUUUCUCCAAAUGAUGAAAUUCAGUUUUGGAUAGAGCGUGCUCAACGUGGAAGCAAGUCAUGUAGCAAGGAGAGAGCCUUUCAUUUUAAAGAGCUAUUUGAAGCCAUUGCAUAUGAUUAUUACAAUUUGGACAGCCUAUCUUUAUUUGAAGUUGUGGAUUUAGUGGAGACUACACGGGAUACUGUUGAUGAUGUGUGGAGACAACCUGAUCAUGAACCCUUUCCACAGCCACGCAUGCAAAAUCUUUUGGAUGUCAUAGCUGGCGCUCUUGGAAGGUUUGUUCAGAAAAAGUUGGGAACUUUAAAUCUGUGGGAGGAUUCCUAUCACAUUGUGAAAGAAAAUCUGAAGGCCGGCGUCAUGAUUUGUGAACAAUGGGUAGCAGCCUGCGAUCACCUUACAGGGCAACUGUGGCAGCGCUACAGCCCACAUUUAUGGCAAGCUGAGAAGUAUGUUCCUGAAACACUAGGACAGCUUGGUAAACGCCUUGAAGAGGUGCUAACGAUUAGAACACUUCAUGAGAAACUUACAUAUUUUUUGCCAACUGGUGAACAGCAAGCACUGCACCUUGCCCAGGUGUUUGAGCCUUUUGCUGGUUUGAAUCCUGUGCACUAUAAUCCCUAUACCGAGCCUUUGUGGAAAGCUGCAGUAUGUCAAUAUGAAAGAAUUAUUGCUCCAGCAGAACAAAAGAUAGCAAGCAAAUUGAAAAUGUUUAUUUCAGAAAUUCAAGAUAGUCCACAACAGCUUCUUCAAGCAUUUCAGAAAUAUAAGGAGUUAGUACGACGCCCAAGCAUUAGCAAAGAAUUGCUUUUAGAAAGAGAAACUUUGCUGGCAAAACUUCAAGACUCAGUCAAAGAUUAUCAAGCAGACUUCGAGGCACGGUGCCAUGGAACUCCUGGUGAUGCGUCUGGGCCACUUUCAGGCAAAAAUCUCUCUGAAGUUGUGAAUAAUAUUGUUUGGGUACGCCAGUUAGAAUUGAAGGUUGAUGAUGCCAUUAAGAUCGCAGAAGCUCUCCUUUCAGACCUCUCUGGAUUUCGAAACUUUCGACGAACUGCAGAUGACCUUCUAGAACAAUUUAAAGUAUAUGAACAAGAACAAUUUGAUGACUGGUCCAGGGACAUUCAGUCGGGUUUGUCAAACCCGAAGUCUGGUCUUUGCAUACAGGCCAGCAGUCCUGUUAUGGAACUUGAUCAUUCUGAUGGAGCUUUAAAAAUACAUUAUUCAGAUCGCUUGGUGACCCUUCUAAGAGAAGUGCGUCAGCUCUCUGCACUUGGUUUUGUCAUUCCUGCCAAAAUACAGCAAGCUUCAAACACUGCACAAAAAUUCUGCAAGCAAGCAGUGAUUCUCAAACAGGUGGCACAUUUUUACAACAGUAUUGACCAGCAAAUGAUUCCAAGUCAGAAGCCAAUGAUGCUACAAUCUGCUUUAGCAUUUGAACAGAUAAUUAAACAUUCAAAAGCAGAGGGACAAAUAACAUGGGACAAUCCUAAGGAGCUAGAAGCAUAUAUCAAGAAGCUCCAAAGUGCAGCUGAACGGCUUGCCACAGAAAAUAGAAAGUUAAGAAAAUGGCACACUAAUUUUACAGAAAAGGUUGUUGGUCUGAUGAACAUCGAUCUACUUCGGCAACAGCAGCGCUGGAAAGAUGGCUUGCAAGAACUCCGAGGCGUUUUUUCCAGCCUUGAGUCACAGGGUUUCCUUUCACAAGACAUGAAAGCAUGGAGGCAACACUGGAACCAUCAACUUUAUAAAGCUCUGGAGCAUCAGUACCAAAUGGGUUUGGAGGCACUCAAUGAAAAUUUGCCUGAAAUCAACAUUGAUUUAACGUACAAACAAGGGAGAUUACAGUUUAAACCUCCUUUUGAAGAAGUACGAGCAAGAUAUUAUAGAGAAAUGAAGAGAUUCAUCUCUAUUCCUAACCAGUUUAAGGGAGUGAGUGAAACAGAUGAUGAGUGCAUUUUUUCUAUCAUGACCGAAAGAAAUGCAAGUGGAUUUCUGACCACUUUCAGUAAAGCAGAAGACUUGUUCCGAAGAUUGGCAGAAGUUGCAGAGCAAUUUAAGGAGUGGGUUAUAAUUGGACAAGUAGAUAUGGAAGCUCUGGUGGAGAAUCAUCUUCUCAAUGAACAGGACUGGGAAAAGAAUUUCAAAGCUCUAAAAGUGAAAGGAAAAGAAGUAGAGCGCCUCCCAAGCACUGUGAAAGUAGAUUGCAUAAUAGUGAAUUGCAACCCUGUGAAGUCCGUGGUUGAUGAUCUAAUCCAGAAGUUGUAUGAUAGUCUUGUGAUGUCUUUGAGGAAGUCCAUUCAAGCUCAUCUACAUGAUAUUUCUUCAUUUCUCGAUGAUGGCAUGAAAACCUUAAUGGCAAGACCCCAAACUGUGGAUGAAAUAACAGAAGAUAAUUUGAAAUAUAAAAGCCUAAAAGAAAAAAAAGAAGAGACCUUCCUCCUCUUUCAAGAAGCUGAAGGGAAAAACAAGCUUUUGCGAACUGUGGCUGGUGGGGGCAAUGAAACAAUCGGCAACCUGAGAGCUAAGUGGGAUAAAUUUGAAUUAAUGAUUGAAAGUCAUCAGCUUAUGAUUAAAGAACAGAUUGAAGUGAUGAAAGGUAACGUGAUGUCACGUGUUAAUACAUACUUCCAAGAACUGGAGAAGUUUAAAGCUCGCUGGGACCAGUUAAAACCCACUGAUGAUAUCAUUGAAACAGGCCAUCAUGAUUUGCUACAGAAAAGUGCUGAGACUAUAAAGGAAAAGAAGAUUGAAUUUGAUGAACUUGAGGUCACAAAACAAAAACUAAUUAAUGACUGCUGUCACUUUGAAUUAGAAGAGCCUGAUUUCUCCUUAGCCAAUGAAGUACGCAGAGACAUUGAAUGCUGUGCGGAGGUUUGGGCACUGUAUGAACAAUUUUAUGAAGGCUUUCAAGAAAAGGCCAAUGAAGACUGGAUUACAUUCAGGAGCAAGACCUACUUAUUUGAAGAAUUCUUGUUGAACUGGCAUGAUAAAUUGAGAAAGAUUGAGGAACACACUAUAAUGACUGUGAAGUUGCAAAAAGAGGUUGACAAAUAUAAGAUGACGCUUCCUGUCUUGAAAUAUGUUAGAGGAGAACACCUAUCAUCAGACCAUUGGCUGGACCUCUUUCGCAUUCUUGGUCUUCCUAGGGGCACUAGUCUAGAGAAUCUGGUGUUUGGAGACCUCCUAAAAGUGGCAGAUGUCAUUGUGGAAAGAGCAGCAGAACUUAAGGAUUUGAACAGUCGGGCUCAUGGUGAGGUCACAAUAAGAGAAGCCUUGCGUGAGCUUGAGCUUUGGGGAGUUGGAGCGGUCUUUACAUUAACAGAUUAUGAAGAUAGCCAGAGCCGGAUGAUCAAACUGAUUAAGGAUUGGAAAGACAUAGUCAACCAAGUUGGUGACAAUCGCUGCCUCCUCCAGUCACUAAAGGACUCUCCAUAUUACAAAGGUUUCCAAGAUAAAGUUUCUGUUUGGGAGAAGAAACUUGCUGAUUUGGAUGAGUAUCUACAGAAUUUAAACCAAAUUCAGAGGAAGUGGGUCUAUCUGGAACCCAUUUUUGGUCGUGGAGCUUUACCCAGAGAGCAAGCACGUUUCAACAGAGUCGAUGAAGAUUUUAGAUCCAUAUUGACAGACAUCAAGCAGGACAAUCGCAUAACGUCCUUGAAUGCUCGAGCAGGAAUAAGAAAUGCCUUGAUUACUAUUCUUGACCAACUUCAAAGAUGUCAAAAAUCCUUAAAUGAAUUCUUGGAGGAAAAGCGUUCAGCAUUCCCUAGAUUCUAUUUCAUUGGGGACGAUGAUCUUCUGGAAAUCUUGGGACAGUCAACUAAUCCAUUAGUUAUUCAGUCUCACCUGAAGAAGCUUUUUGCUGGAAUUCACAGUGUCAGCUUUGACGACGACUUUAAAAACAUACUUGCAAUGAAAUCUUUGGAAGGUGAAGUUGUACCUUUUAAAAAUAAAAUCCUCCUGUCCAAUGAUGUGGAGGUUUGGCUAAACAAACUGUCUUUGGAGAUGAAGGAUACAUUGAAACAAUUAUUGAUCGACUGUGUAACAACUGGGAAAAGAUCACAGGGCUCAAUUGAUCCAUCACUUUUCCCCUCACAGAUUCUUUGUUUAGCUGAACAAAUCCAAUUCACAGAAGAUGUUGAAUAUGCAAUCAAGGAGCGUAAUUUGCAGCAGAUAGAAUUAGAACUAAUGGCUAAAUUGGAACAUUAUACCAGCAUUGACACUAAUACAGAAGAUCCAGGCAAUGCAGAAACUGGAAUCCUUGAGCUGAAGCUUAAAGCCCUUAUCCUUGACGUUAUUCACAAUAUUGAUAUUGUACGACAGCUGAAUGAAGCCCAGAUCGAUAGUGUUGAUGACUGGGCCUGGAAGAAGCAACUCAGAUUUUAUCUUAAGGAUAAAAAAUGCUACAUUCAAAUGGUGGAUGCUGAACUGCAGUAUACUUAUGAAUAUCAGGGCAAUUCUCCAAAGCUUGUUUAUACACCAUUGACUGACAAGUGUUACCUCACACUUACUCAAGCUAUGAAGAUGGGCCUUGGAGGAAAUCCUUAUGGUCCAGCUGGAACUGGCAAAACUGAAUCUGUAAAGGCUCUUGGAGGAUUACUUGGAAGACAAGUUUUGGUUUUUAAUUGUGAUGAGGGCAUUGAUGUGAAAUCAAUGGGGCGAAUAUUUGUUGGCUUGGUGAAGUGUGGAGCUUGGGGCUGUUUUGAUGAGUUUAAUCGGCUGGAGGAAGCUGUACUGUCGGCUGUAUCUAUGCAAAUUCAGACAAUUCAACAUGCUUUGAAGAAACACCAACCAGUGUGUGAGUUACUUGGAAAAGAGGUUGAAAUGGAUCUCAAUUCUGGAAUUUUUAUCACCAUGAAUCCUGCUGGAAAGGGCUAUGGAGGUAGACAAAAAUUACCUGAUAAUCUCAAACAGCUUUUUAGGCCAGUUGCUAUGACUCGUCCUGAUAAUGAGCUCAUUGCAGAAGUGAUUUUAUAUUCAGAAGGUUUUAAAGAUGCUAAACCUCUGGGAAGAAAAUUAGUGGAUAUUUUUAAUUUAGCAAGGGAGCUCUUGACACCUCAGCAGCACUAUGAUUGGGGUUUGCGAGCACUGAAGACUGUUCUGAGGGGAUGUGGGAAUCUACUUCGACAGCUGAAAAAUAAUGGAAUGAAAGAGAAAGUUAAUGAAAGCCAUAUUGUAGUCCAAGCUUUGCGACUUAAUACCAUGUCAAAGCUUACAUUUGCAGAUUGUGCACGGUUUGAUGCAUUGGUUAAAGAUGUCUUUCCUGGAAUUGACUUUAAAGAUGUGGAUUAUGCUGAGCUAAGCAAUGCUUUACAAGAAGUCUUUGAGGAGGCCAAUUUGGAAAUCAUAUCUACCCAGAUCAAGAAAGUUUUGGAAUUGUAUGAACAGCUACGUCAGAGAAUGGGGGUAGUUAUUGUAGGCCCAAGCGGUGCAGGUAAAUCAACCCUCUGGCGGAUGUUAAGAGCUGCACUUGGGAAAGUUGGCAAAGUAGUAAAACAAUAUACCAUGAACCCCAAAGCUAUGCCUCGCCAUCAGUUACUAGGCCAUAUUGACAUGGACACAAGAGAGUGGUCAGAUGGUGUGCUUACAAACAGCGCUCGGCAAGUGGUACGAGAACCACCAGAUGUUACUUCAUGGAUAAUCUGUGAUGGAGACAUAGAUCCUGAAUGGAUUGAGUCUUUGAAUUCUGUCCUUGAUGACAACCGUCUACUCACUAUGCCCAGUGGAGAAAGAAUUCAGUUUGGCCCAAAUGUUAACUUUGUCUUCGAAACCCAUGACUUGAGUUGUGCUUCUCCUGCCACCAUAUCUCGAAUGGGAAUGAUCUUCUUAAGUGAUGAAGAUACUGAUCUUAAUUCGCUAAUAAAAUCUUGGUUACGAAGCCAACCUGAAGAAUGUAGGCAAAAACUUGAAAACUGGAUUGGAGAUUAUUUUGAAAAAGCUUUGAACUGGGUCCUAAAACAGAAUGAUUAUGUGAUAGAAACAAGUUUGGUUGGAACAGUGAUGAACGGGUUGUCUCAUCUCCAUGGGUGCACCGAACGCGGACAGUUCAUAAUUAGCCUGAUAAGAGGACUUGGUGGAAAUCUCAACAUGAAAUCACGACAGGAAUUUACAAAAGAGGUUUUUACUUGGGCACGAGAGUCUUCACCAAAUCCCAACAAACUAUUGGACACCUAUUACGAUCCAGAUACUGAACGCCUAGUAUCGUACCAGCUGAAAAAACCUGAAAACCUGACUGCUGAUGAUUUUAGCAAUGUUCAGACUCUUCCGGUUAUUCAAACACCUGAUAUGCAAAGAGGUUUAGAUUACUUUAAACCUUGGCUAGGCCUUGUUACUAAGCAGCCAUUUCUUCUUGUUGGGCCUGAAGGAUGUGGAAAAGGAAUGCUACUCCGUUAUGCCUUUUCUCAGCUUCGGUCCACUCAGAUUGCUACAGUACACUGCAGUGCACAGACUACGUCCCGGCAUCUUCUUCAAAAAUUAAGUCAGACAUGCUUGGUUAUCAGCACCAAUACUGGGCGAGUAUACAGGCCCAAAGAUUGCGAAAGGCUGGUUUUAUACCUAAAGGAUAUCAAUUUGCCCAAACCUGAUAAAUGGGGAACUAGCACACUUGUGGCUUUCCUGCAGCAGGUGCUGACAUAUCAAGGAUUUUAUGAUGAAAAUCUUGAAUGGGUUGGGUUAGAGAAUAUCCAAAUUGUGGCUUCCAUGUCUGCUGGAGGAACACUGGGAAGGCAUAAACUCACUUCUAGGUUUACUUCUGUUGUCCGCCUUUGUGCAAUUGAUUAUCCAGAAAGAGAUCAGCUGCAAACAAUUUAUAGUGCCUACUUAGAACCUGUUCUACACAAGAACCUAAGGAACCAUCCUGCUUGGGGAUCCUUAGCAAAAAUACAUCAAUUGGCAGGAUCUAUGGUUCAAGUUUAUGAGCAGAUUCGAGUGAAAUUCACAGUCGAUGACUACAGCCACUACCUCUUUACACCUUGCAUUCUUACUCAGUGGGUUCUAGGCUUGUUCAGAUAUGAUUUAACAGGAGGGGCAUCAACACACACGGUAGAUACUGUCUUAGAAAUUGUUGCUUAUGAAGCACGCCGUCUUUUCCGUGACAAAAUCGUUGGAACCAAAGAACUUCAUGUAUUUGAUAACAUUUUAAUGAAAGUCUUUCAAGGAGAUUGGGGAUCUGAUAUUUUGGAUAACAUGGCAGAUAGUUUCUAUGUAACAUGGGGAGCUCGUCACGAACUAGGAACUGUUAUGGCACCAGGACAGACACUGCCACCCCAUGGAAGGCCACUUGGCAAGCUUAAUUCAGCAGAUUUAAAAGAUGUUAUUAGAAAGGGUAUUAUUCACUAUGGACGGGAUAACCGCGAAAUAGAAAUUUUGCUUUUCUCAGAAGUCCUCGAUUAUGUAUCUAGAGUUGACAGAGUACUGAGUUUUCCUGGAGGUUCACUUCUGUUAGCAGGCCAUAGUGGAGUGGGCCGUCGAACUAUUACAUCUUUAGUUAGUCACAUGCAUGGAGCUGUUCUGAUUACGCCCAAAAUUUCCAGAGGCUAUGAAAUGAAACAAUUCAAAAAUGACCUGAAGCAUGUGAUGCAGCUUGCGGGUAUUGAAGCUCAACAUGUUGUGUUGUUGCUUGAGGAUUAUCAAUUUGUCCAGUCUACGUUUCUUGAGAUGAUCAACAGCUUAUUAUCUUCAGGUGAGGUUCCUGGAUUGUACACAAUAGAAGAACUAGAGCCACUCUUGUCCCCUCUGAAAGAUCAAGCAUCACAAGAUGGAUUUACAGGACCAGUUUUCAACUAUUUUACUUACAGAAUCCAACAGAAUCUUCAUGUUGUGUUGAUUAUGGAUUCUACUAACCUGAAUUUCACAAUAAAUUGUGAAAGUAAUCCUGCGCUUCAUAAGAAAUGCCAAGUGCUAUGGAUGGAAAGUUGGUCUGAAAGCAGUAUGAAAAAGAUACCUGAAAUGUUAUUUAUUGAAUCAGAUGAGAAAGAAAAAGCAUCUAAAACACCAAAAGAACGCAAAAAGAAGAAUUCUGGUGAUUCUGAGUUCUUAAACUCAUUUUUGAUGAUCCAUGAGUCAUGUAAACCCCAUGGAGCUACACCCAGAAGAUACAUGACUUUCCUCCAUAUGUAUCGUGCCAUCCAUAAUAGCAAAAGAACAGAGUUAAUAAAAAGGCAAAGCCAUUUGCAGGCUGGAGUGGCUAAACUGAAUGAGGCAAAAGCUCUUGUUGAUGAAUUGAACAAGAAAGCUGAAGAACAAAGCAUUUUGCUCAAAAUAAAGCAAGAUGAAGCUGAUGCUGCCCUUCAGGAAAUCACUGUUUCUAUGCAGGAUGCCAGUGAGCAAAAAUCAGAAAUGGAAAAAAUAAAACAGAAAAUAGCACAAGAAGUUGUAAAAAUUGAAGAAAGAAAAACAAUAAUUGAGGAUGAACUAAAGGAAGUUCAGCCAUUGGUUAAUGAAGCUAAAUUAGCAGUUGGAAAUAUUAAACCAGAAUCUCUAUCAGAAAUCCGCUCCCUGCGUAUGCCACCUGACAUAAUUAGAGACAUUUUGGAAGGGGUCUUACGGCUGAUGGGUAUCUUUGAUACAUCGUGGGUGAGCAUGAAGAGUUUCCUUGCCAAAAGAGGUGUGAGAGAAGACAUUGCAACCUUUGAUGCUCGAAAUAUUUCAAAGGAAAUUCGUGAGAGUGUAGAAGAACUUCUAGCUAAGAAUAAAGCGUCUUUUGAGCCAAAGAGUGCAAAAAGAGCCAGUAUUGCAGCUGCACCUUUAGCGGCAUGGGUUAAAGCUAAUGUUCAGUACUCCUAUGUCCUGGAACGUAUUCAGCCUCUGGAAACUGAACAGGCAGGCCUAGAAGCUAACCUAAGGAAAACAGAAGACAGAAAAAAGAAGCUGGAAGACUUAGUUAAUUCUGUUGGUCAAAAGGUGGCAGAAUUAAAAGAUAAGUUCCAGGCCAGAACAAGUGAGGCAGCUAAGCUUGAAGCAGAAGUUGUUAAAGCACAAGACACAGUGAAAGCGGCAGAGGUAUUGAUUAAGCAGCUUGAUAGAGAGCAUAAAAGAUGGAACACACAGGUUUCAGAGAUAGCAGAUGAAUUAAGUACACUCCCAAGGAGAGCUCAACUAUCUGCUGCUUUUAUUACUUACCUUUCUGCUGCACCAGAAGAUCAAAGAAAAGCAAGUUUAGAUUCAUGGACAAAAUCAGCUAGCCUGGAAAAGUUUGAUCUUAGGCGGUUCCUGUGCACAGAGAGUGAGCAGUUGAUUUGGAAAGGUGAAGGUCUGCCCUCUGAUGAUCUCUCAAUAGAAAAUGCUCUUGUGAUAUUGCAGAGUAAAGUUUGUCCAUUUUUGAUAGACCCUUCUUCCAGAGCUACUGAAUGGUUGAAAGCACAUUUGAAAGAAUCACGCUUGGAAAUCAUCAACCAGCAGGAUGCCAACUUUAUUAAUGCUCUUGAAUUGGCUGUGCGAUUUGGGAAAACCCUCAUUAUACAGGAAAUGGAUGGAGUAGAGCCUGUGCUUUAUCCACUGCUUAGAAAGGACCUUGUUGCUCAAGGUCCACGAUAUGUGGUACAAAUAGGUGACAAAAUAAUAGACUAUAACGAGGAAUUUCACCUGUUUCUGUCAACACGAAACCCAAAUCCUUACAUCCCACCGGACGCAGCCUCUAUUGUUACGGAGGUUAACUUUACAAUAACACGAAGUGGCUUAAGAGGGCAGCUUUUAGCUUUGACUAUCCAGCAUGAAAAACCAGAUUUGGAAGAACAGAAGACAAAACUGUUGCAGCAAGAAGAAGAUAAGAAGAUACAGUUAGCAAAACUUGAAGAAUCACUUUUGGAGACCCUUGCAACUUCUCAGGGAAAUAUACUUGAAAAUAAGGAUCUGAUUGAAUCCCUGAAUCAAACUAAAGCAAGUAGUGCUCUCAUCCAAGAGUCACUUGUUGAGUUUCAUAGACUUCAGAUUUCUCUUGAUCAGGAAAGGGAUGCCUAUCUCCCUCUGGCUGAAAGUGCCAGCAAGAUGUACUUUAUUAUUUCUGACUUGUCCAAAAUUAAUAACAUGUACCGCUUUAGUUUGGCUUCUUUCCUAAGACUUUUUCAAAGGGCUCUACAAAGUGAACUGGACUUGGGAAAUACCGAGGAAAGAAUCAAGUCUCUUAUCAGCUCAUUAAAACACAUGGUGUAUGAAUAUGUCUGUCGCUGUUUGUUUAAGGCUGAUCAACUAAUGUUUGCAUUACAUUUUGUGAAAGGAAUGCAUCCUGAACUUUUUCAAGAUAAUGAAUGGGAUACAUUUACUGGCGUGAUCAUUGGAGACAUGUUAAGAAAAUCUGAUUCCCAAAAGAGCAUUCGAGACCAGAUUCCCCCUUGGAUUGAACAGGAAAGAACAUGGGCUGUAGCAACUCUCAAGAUCUCUCUCCCGGCUCUGUAUCAAACACUAUGCUUUCAAGAUGCACCACUAUGGCAGACUUUCUCAGGAAGCUCAAUGUGUGAACAAGAUUUUCCAUCCAUUAUGGCAAAUAGAAUAUCUCUUUUUCAACAGGUGCUUGUGGUCCAAGCUGUCAGGCCAGAUAGGCUACAGAGUGCGAUGGCCCUUUUUGCAUGUAAAGCUCUGGGGAUUAAAGAGUUGUCACCACCACCGUUAAAUCUUAAACGUCUGUACAAAGAAACAUUAGAAAUUGAACCCAUCUUGAUUAUUAUUUCUCCUGGUGCUGAUCCUUCUCAGGAAUUACAAGAACUUGCAAGUGUUGAAAGAAAUGGGGAAUGCUACCACCAGGUUGCAAUGGGCCAGGGCCAAGCUGAUCUAGCUAUUCAGACUGUAAAAGAAUGUGCACGGAAUGGAGAAUGGCUCUGUUUGAAAAAUUUGCAUCUUGUCGUGUCAUGGCUUCCGGUAUUGGAAAAGGAACUGAAUAAUCUGCAGCCCCAGCCCGGUUUUCGUCUUUGGCUAACUGCUGAAGUCCAUCCAAAGUUUUCUCCCAUUUUGCUCCAGUCAAGUUUGAAGAUAACGUAUGAGGCACCUCCAGGACUAAAAAAGAACUUAAUGCGAACAUAUGAAUCUUGGAUGCCAGAGCAAAUUAGCAAAAAGGGUAAUUUAUCUCGAGCCCAUGCUCUCUUUAGCCUGGCUUGGUUUCACGCUGCAUGUCAAGAAAGAAGGAAUUAUAUUCCUCAGGGCUGGACAAAAUUUUAUGAAUUUUCUUUAUCUGAUCUUCGUGCAGGAUAUGAUAUUAUUGACAGACUCUUUGAUGGUGCAAAAGUCUUUCAGUGGGAAUUUGUGCAUGGUUUAUUGGAAAAUGCUAUAUAUGGAGGCCGUAUAGAUAAUUACUUUGAUAUGAGAGUCCUUCGUUCCUACCUAGAACAGUUUUUUAAUUCUAGAGUCAUUGCUGACUCAAAUUUCCGGGGCAAGAAGAUGAGCAGAUUUCCAUAUUCCAUCUCUCUACCUAGCUCCUGCAAUAUAUUGGAUUACCGCCAUGUUAUUGAAAGCCUUCCAGAAGAUGAUAAGCCUGAUUUCUUUGGCCUGCCUGCCAACAUUGCACGCUCAUCUCAACGAAUGAUCAGUUCUUUAGUAAUUUCACAGCUUCGGAUCUUGAGCAGGUCUGUAACUGCUGGCUGCAAAUUUGACAGAGAAAUCUGGUCUAAUGAGCUUUCCCCAGUCCUCAACCUAUGGAAGAAGCUUAAUCAGAAUUCCAAUCUGAUUCAUCAGAAGGUGUCUCCUCCUUCUGAGCGCCAAGGCUCCCCAAUCCUUUCAUUCAUUAUUCUUGAACAGUUCAAUGCUAUUCGCUUAGUUCAGAGCAUUCAUCAGUCUCUUGCUGCUCUCAGUAAAGUCAUCAGGGGAACCUCGCUGUUGAGCUCAGAAGUACAAAAACUAGCAAGUGCUUUAUUAAACCAGAAGUGCCCUUUAACAUGGCAAAGCAAAUGGGAAGGCCCGGAAGAUCCUUUACAAUAUCUCAGAGCGGUUGUAGCGCGAGCACAUGCUAUCCAGAAUUGGGUAAGCAAAGCAGAAAAGCAGACCUUGCUCUCAGAUACUCUCGACCUUGCAGAACUCUUCCACCCAGACACAUUUCUAAAUGCCCUACGACAGGAAACUGCAAGGGUGAUGUGCUCUUCAGUGGACAGCCUAAAAUUUACAGCAUCCUGGAAGGGUCAAAUAAGAGAAGCAAAGCUCCAGGUUCAGAUCAGUGGCCUUCAACUGGAAGGCUGUAGUUUUGAUGGAAAUCGACUUUCAGAAAACCAGCACGACUCUCCCAGUGUGUCAUCUGUGCUCCCUUGUUACAUGGCCUGGAUUCCACAGAACGCUUAUGGGCCCUAUUCCCCUGAGGAGUGCAUCUCUUUGCCAGUUUACACCAGUGCAGAGAGGGAUUGUGUGGUGACAAACAUUGAUGUUCCAUGUGGAGGCAAUCAAGAUCAGUGGAUCCAGUGUGGAGCUGCUUUGUUUUUGAAAAAUCAGUAAGAGGAAAGUAUGCUAUGAAUGCUCUUGCAGCUAGAUCUGAACUGUACUAUUUAAGAAGAGCUCUCUGUAUGUGCAAUUUAAAACUAAAAUGUGAGGUGUCCACAGAUUUUAUAAAUAGCUGUAUUUAAGAAGUGAUCACGCCGCCCACUGGUGGGUUGACAGCAGAACUAAGGUUUGAUCACAUAUUUUUUUAUAGCCAGUGGACAUAUUACACUUUGGGCACAAUCCACAUUCUGCUGCUCUAGCUGAAUUGAAAUUAAAAGAAGCUGAAGAAGAACAGUACUGCCCUUGUACAGCUCCCAUCCAUUUCUCUAGAGCCUGAACUUCUCUGUGGAUUGUACCCCUUAUCCAUAAUCGAUUAAAUUCUUGUCCUCUACAAUCUCUAUUCAUGUUGUGUAUCCUCUGUUAAAAUGAGUAGAGGUUGCACACGCCACUAGCACUUCAUGGAUUCCUCCCCAUGACUUUAUUAAUGUAUGAUCAAUCCUUUAUGUAUGUGGUUUACUAAACAUUGUCCAGACAACGGUACAAUUCCUCAAGAUUGUAGCACUCUGUAUUUCCAGGUGUGUGCUAUUGUAAUCCUUGAUCUUCGCUGUGUUUUUGAGUUUCUUUUGACCUCUUUAUUUUUUCAUCUGGUGUAUUUUCAUUCUGCUAUAAGCUGUCUUAUUUUUUUAAGAGCAUAAUUGUUUUUACAAGUGUAAGAGACAAGCUGCUGUUGUUAAGUAUCAAAUUUUCUUGAGGUACAAAGUUUAAAAAGGAUGUUUAUACUGAAAUCUAUUUACUGAAAUAUAUACUGAAUUAUAUUUAUUA